GUACGCGUGGCAGCUUGAAUCGAUAUGGUGAGGCUUACGUCAGUAUCAGUUUUAACCUAAAUGGUACUUAAAUUUGAAAUUAGGUCUAGUAGUGCACGUGUGACACGUGCCGCUGCUAGCUGUGGACAAUACGGAACCCCUUCCCUCCUGGAGUAUAUAUAAAGAAGCCCUCAUACGGUCUCCGUCGUCGAUCAAUACUAUACUACUAUCACAGUAGGAAGCUAGGAGGAAAUCAAAGCAACAAAGUUGCUGGCCGAGAGAAGCAACCAUGAGACCUCAGGCGUCGUUACUCGUCACACUGGCUGUUAUCGUCGUCGUCCUUGCAGCUCUGCCACUCAGCAAAGGGACGGAGGAGGAAGGAGGAGGAGGGGAGGCAGUCGCCGCCGUGGACGCCGCCGCCGGAACGAGCUCGUGGCCAUGCUGCAACAAGUGCGGUUUCUGCUACCUGUCUGACCCGCCGCAGUGCCAAUGCCUGGACUUCUCGACGGUCGGGUGCCACCCAGAGUGCAAGCAGUGCAUCAGGUACACCGCCGACGGUGGCGUCGACAUCCCGCCCGUGCACGCCUACCGCUGCGCCGACAUCCUCUUCAACUUCUGCGAGCGCCGCUGCACUCCCGCCGCAGUUGCUGCUAGCACCAAGUAGACGGAUGCAUAUGCAUGCCAUCGUUGCCGCCGUGUGUGCCGCUUCAGAGAAGAACUAAAUAAAUGUUGCCGCGCGCUGUUGAUGCGCGUGCAUGCCUCUCCUUGAAUAAACCAAUAUUUCUAUAAUUAUUGUAGGAUGUCCAACUUUCUUAAGUUUGAAAAAUAAAUGGCGCUGCUUCAUAUGAUGCUGGUGUCCAUGAAUUAACCUGCAUCGUCACUUCA